AUGUUCGGCCAGAUCCUCAUUGGAUUCGCACAGCCAUUCUGUCUGAGUGCCCCAACGCGAUAUAGCGAUCUGUGGUUUUCAGAUCAGGGACGAACCAGCGCAACUGCUCUCGCAACGCUGGCUAACCCGCUGGGAGCAGCACUGGGCCAACUGAUCGAUUCCUUCUGGGCCGAAGAAGCGAGCGAGAUCCCAGACAUGGUCCUCUACAUCUCCGUCAUCGUAAGAGUCCCCCCAGCUCAUCGAAUCUUUGGUUUCGAGACCACUGACAGCAACAAUCCCCAAGGCCACGAUCGCAUCCCUACCUUCAUUCUUUCUUCCCGCCAACCCACCCACGCCGCCGAGCGCCUCGUCCGCCGCUACCGUGCAGACACCCCUCCUCCCGGCCCUCAGCCAGCUGCUGCGCACGCUGGAGUUCUGGCUCAUUCUGAUCCCCUUCUCCGUCUACGUCGGCUUCUUCAACAGCGUCUCGUCACUGCUCAACCAGAUCCUCUCGCCGUAUGCCUUCAGCGAAACCGAGGCCGGCAUCGCCGGCGGCAUCCUCAUCGUCGUCGGCCUGAUCAGCUCCGCCAUCAUCUCGCCCAUCACCGACCGCUUCAAGCACUACCUCGGCACCAUCCGGGUGCUGGUCCCCAUUGUAGCGAUCUGCUACAUCGCGCUGAUCUUCGCCCCGUCCAGCCCCUUCGGCAUCGCACCCUCGUACGUCGUUCUGGCCCUCUUGGGCGCCGCUUCGUUCGCUCUCCUGCCCGUCGUCCUGGAGUACCUCGUCGAGAUCACGUAUCCGUUCUCGCCUGA